AAAGCGUGGCCUGGACCCGGGCCGUACGGAAGUGGUUGUGUUUCAGUGGCUACCCACAAUAGUACGUGAGAAAUGAGGGCUGCUAUAUAUAUAAAAUUCAGUUAGCUCUUUCAAAACCUUUUUUUUUAAAUUUCACAAACAACGUUUGAUGUAUAAUUAUCAUUAUUUUACAUUGCCUGAACUAAACGAGGGAUAACCAACGUCAGCUAGCUUGUCAGCUAGCUUUACGGAUGUCAGCAGCCAUGCCGUCCUACUCUGAAUUGAGGAAAACCAACCACUUCUACUACUUCAUCAAAUUCACCUUGAAUAUCUACUCCAUGCUCUUCUCGCUGAUGGGUCUCUGCGUGCUGUGUGUGGGGGUGUAUGCCGAAGUGGAAAGGCAGAAGAAUAGAACCCUGGAGGGCCUUUUCCUGGCCCCUGCCGUGGUGCUCAUCCUGCUGGGCCUGGUGAUGUUCACAGUGUCGAUGGUGGGCAUGGUUGGAUCCCUCAGGGACAACAAGACCCUGCUGCACAUGUUCCUCUGUGUUCUCUGUGUGCUGCUGCUUCUCCAGGCGAUCGGGCUCACCACGGCGCUCAUCUUUGAAAACAAGACGUCGGCCUUGUUUCAGAACAGUAUACGAGAAGGAAUCAAACACUACUACGAUGAUCUGGACUUCAAAAACAUCUUGGACUACAUGCAGCAAAAGUUUUCAUGUUGUGGAGGGGAUGAGUAUAAGGACUGGGGAGUCAACCAGUACCAUUUCUGCAACGGCACUGGUCCAUUAGCCUGUGGGGUUCCAUAUACCUGUUGUGUUCGCCACAAGGUAGGAGAGGUCGUCAACACUCUAUGUGGUUACAAGACCCUGGAUCAUCAGCGUGAAACUCUGCAUGAGCUGAUCCAUGUGCGCGGCUGCAUCCAUGCAGUCAACCUCUGGAUGAGUGACAACAUUGGAAUAACCGUUGCACUCUGCUGCGCCAUUGGGCUGCCCCAGCUGCUGGGCAUCGUCUUGAGCUGCAUCUUCUGGAACCUGCUGGUGGACAUGAGCGAGUCGACCGACAUGGUGGACUUCAAGCUGAAGAAGGUGGACGUCGAGUACAGCGAGCUGGACCUGGCUGGUGCCGGCUGGUGUCUGUGUCUGCCGAGGGACGGCGGCUACCUGCCCGUCCCUGCUGUUGAGCCCGAUCUCGACCCCAUUGAUGUUCACUUGCAAAAGCUCAAGAAGCAGGCGCCCCGCACUCACUCUCAGCUCCGAGAACUGCAGCAGUCCAGAUCGACCACCGGGCUGGAUGAGGUAGAUGUUGGCCGGAAGCAGAAAAGGGAACACUAAUUGGUAUUUUUGCCCUUUCUUGCCUUUUGGGUUUUUUUUGCCUUUCUUUUCUGUCAUUGUAAUCAUUGCAUUUGUUGGAGUUGUGUUGCACUACUUAAUGGUUGAACCUGUCCGUCAUUGGAUCAAGAGAGAGUUGGUGUCAGCUAAAGGGAUCAAAAGUACUUUGGCACUUUGUUGGUGAAUCUGUUUACAACAAAAAUCUAAGGAACAACAUGCAGCAUUGGCUUUAAAAAAACACACAUUUCUUUUGUCUUGUUUGUGGCUGUUGAUAUUCAAAGAUUUAUGGCAUUAUGUCACAUUUAAUUUAUUAAAUUAUUUUAGCCUUUGAAAUUGAGCUCUGUCUCAUGGGCUAAAGCUUACCUCAGGCUGUUUAAAAAAAAUAGCCCAGUAUUCAGAGGACAGUACUAUUUGGUGUGUAAAUUAAUGGUAGCUUGAAAAGAUGUUUUUCGGUGUCGGAGAAAUAGGAUAGCCGAGUAUGUAUGUCUUGCGUGUAGCGUCUGUGACGGAUGUGUACAGUUUGUGUAUUAUUUCUUUUUACUAUGAUUUUGAUUAUAUUUUGUGCAGUCGGUGUACAUUGUAAGACUGGUAGUUGUGAAAUAAAAUGGGAUGCAUGUUUUGUACUGUAUAUAAAGUAAAUUAAAAAAAAUCUCAGUUUACAUGUUAGGCUGUCAUCAGGGGGGCUUCAGUCUAUUCCAUUUUUAAACUAAACUUUUUAUUCCAUCUUUUAAUGGAACAAUUUAAGGGAUUAUCCAGACUACAAAUCCAGUAAAAGUUACUCUGACGGUUUUUUGUAUCUGAGUUAUGCACUGUUUUGAGCUUUCCCCUAGCUCCUGCCUUGUAUCAGCACUACUGUUCUUGUCAAUAAAGCUGAAUUUGUCUACUGA